AGCAGGGGCAACUACUCGGCAACUGCGGGACGCGGCUACCCCCGGAAGAGGACGACGUCGAGGAGGUGGAGCAGGGUUCGUCGGCGGCGAGGAUCCGGGCAAUGCUGAAGUCCGUCGACAGCCUCUGGGAACGGCGGGCUUCGCUCAUCUUCGAAACGCAAGAAACUAAAUCGCCUCACGAGUCCAUCCCUCGUUUUAUAGACCCCGGCGCUUCCGCCCCGUCGUUCCUGGUUGGUCCUGGGUUCCAGGGUCCUCCAGGAUCGGUCUGAAUGCGGUAUCCAUUACCAGAGCGGGCGAAUUAGACGCCUAGACGCACACUUGAUGGCUAUCGCAUGAACCGCGAGGGGUCCGACAAAACCAGCGCGUCUUUGGCAAGCGCCGUGUAAAUAAAAUACCUGCGACCGCGUACCGAGCUCUCAUUGUGCAUGCUCUUAUACCAGUGCAUUAUCUACGGGCAAAUCUCUCCUAGGCCAAUAACAACAAUGUAAUUGAUACCACUGCGGGCCCCACAGAGCGGCGGACCGUUUCUAUGGGGUGACGGGCAGAUGGGGCAGGGCCCAGUGGGCCGUGCUUAAUCAAAAAGCCACGGGGGUUGCCACGGGGGUAAAUCGGGGCUAGUUUUGGUAAUGCCGGCUAAUCCGGUAAUAUACCCAUGAUGGCUCGAUCCUCGAUCCUUCCCCCAGAGCUCACUGGCUACAGUGUGGCGAUCGCAGGUUUUCUUUUUUGUCUAACUAUGUGUAUGUACAUACAUUCUAUAUACAUAAUAACAUGUUAUACAGUAUAAGCACAGACUGACUUGCGUGUGCGUUGAUCUCCGUCAGAGAUAUCGGGUGCACGGGGAUGACGUGCGGUUGUCAUCGGUGUAUAAUACUCGAGCCGAAGAAAAAAAGAUUGACAAUAAAAUGCUCCGAAAGUAGCGGAGUGUUUCAAACGGCCAAACCGUUGGCCAGCCGACGGGAGUAUUAGACUUUGCUAGCUGACGUUCUAAUACCGAAACUUAUGAAACUUAACAAUAUAAUGUAUUAUCGAGAAGCCUUAACGCUGCUUGAAUUAAUAAUUCAUCUUAUCGUCGAACUUUGACUCACUCUUUGUAUACCUAUAAUAUUUCUUAACAGCGAUCGGCCUCAAUUGCAAUAUAUACGAAACUAUUGCGAUGCUGCAAGUCACGAUACCGCAAAUGUAAUUGAAAUCUGCAUGUGAUACAGGAAACAGACAGUUCUUGUUUCAAAUGCUUCGGCAAAAUGCUCCGCCGCGUUUCGCAUAAAUAUAAUCCACGCACUUCGUACGCAUAUGAACUUAUAGUUAUACUUUCCAAUAAUGCGUGGGCCAACGAUUCGCCCUAAAAAUUUAUACACGCACCGAGAUUACCCAUAAAUAAUGUACUUGACGAAAUAAUUUUGUUACGACAUGAUUUCACCGUUUUGUAAAUACGUGCGUGCCUGUGACAAAAAGAUGGGAGUCAAGCUUAAUUUUUUAUCAGUCAAUCAAACAAAGGCGACAGUCACCAUCUCACGGGAUGACGAACUGACCGACGUGAUCGUCGGCAUCGAGGAAUGGAAAUCUCCAGAGAACGACGAUGGAGAGGAGCGACUUGGAGAGGGGAGACAGCGAGUGAUAGGAUGGCUUGAAAGCACCCUUAAGUCAGUCGGUGGUUACGGCCGUUGGGUGUCGUCGCGGUUCCGGAACAGAGUAAUUACUAAGAAUAUCGAAAGGAAUCGGAAAACAAUUAUAAACGCCAAUCGCGACUUAUGUUUUCGGAGUAGGGUCACGGAUACAAAGAAUUAAAGGAGUGAACUACUUUUAAACGGGUUAUCAUUAAUCUUGCUCAGCUUGCACGUAAAGUUACAGUGUAUUAUCACGAAUAUUCCCGCUUUUUCAUUCGGCAGGAAUUUACUGAUAUUCGUUCAAUUUCCAACGAGGCAUCACGCGCAGUUCACCAUGAUUAAAAUCUGGAUACUCGUGUUUCGCGAACAUUAACGAUAAGUCGCAUCCUGAGUCUAUGUUGUUUACAGUCCGUACGUGACUCAGUUUGACGAGUUACGGUGUACAAAUUUUUUUCCCCGUUAGUCAAUAACAUGGCAGUCGAUGCCAUUUUUCGAGCUGACGAGGCUGGCACAUCGAGACAAUGAUACUUUGCACGAUUAGUAUCGAAGAAUUUCAGUACUUGGCAGUCACAGCGGGUCCUCAAGCCGACUCCGCCCUUAAAUUUUUCCGAAAUUAACUCGAAAGUGAGAAAAAUCGAUUAAACCAAGAUCAGGAAAUUGGGCUUGAACUCUUCGGACCGUUGUCUGAAGGACAAUUAAGAGAGGAGAAGCAUCCAGAAUGACCGCCACCGAGGAAUCGGAACCGCUCAUUCCCUCGGCUAAUCCACCGGUGGCUACAACCAGCACAGGGAAAUACAGGGUCUCCUACCAGUCUUUGAACAAUGAGAAAAAUGGCUCAUCCGGAACCGAGCGAAAUGGAUCCUCGAGUCCUGUGGCUGCGGUGCGCUUCGAAAAAAUGGGCUCAGGGCCGAGCGCCAACCGUUCAUUGGAGAGAAUUACCUUCACAUGGAGCGACGUGAACGUCUAUGUCACCGCAAAGAAGCAGCGACUGUGGGAGCGAAUAUCUAAGGGGAGAAGGCCCGUCGAGCUGAAGCACAUCCUGAAGGACGUCUCCGGCGUCGCUUAUCCCGGUGAACUCUUGGUCAUCAUGGGCUCUUCGGGAGCGGGGAAGACCACGCUUUUGAACACCUUGACCUUCCGCACCGGCCACGGGAUAACCGUAUCCGGAAUAAGGGCGGCCAAUGGUCGUCGCUUAACUCCGACCGUUCUCACCUCCAGGUCGGCAUACGUCCAGCAGAGCGACCUCUUCAUCGGCGUAUUGACCGUCAAGGAGCAUCUCAUAUUUCAGGCCCUGGUCCGCAUGGACAGACACAUUCCGUAUUCGCAGCGGAUGCAAAGGGUCGAAGAGGUCAUAGCCGAGCUAGCGCUGACAAAAUGUAAAAACACGGUGAUUGGGGUACCCGGCAGAGUGAACGGGAUUUCAGGUGGCGAGAUGAAGAGACUGUCAUUUGCCUCAGAGUAUCUUACGAAUCCUCCGCUGAUGUUUUGCGACGAGCCAACUUCCGGGCUGGAUUCUUUCAUGGCGCAUCAGGUCGUCACAGUUCUGAAGAACUUGACAGCGAAGGGCAAGACCAUCGUUGCUACCCUGCAUCAGCCGUCCUCGGAAUUGUUCGCAAUGUUCGACAGAAUCCUCCUGAUGGCCGAGGGAAGAGUCGCCUUCAUGGGAAGCCCGGAUCAAGCUUGCGCUUUCUUUAAAAGCGUCGGCGCCGCCUGUCCAAGCAACUACAACCCAGCCGACCACUUCAUCCAAGUCUUGGCGGUGGUUCCGGGUCGGGAGGCGGAGUGUCGUCAGGCCAUAAACAACGUUUGCGAAAAUUUCCAGAAGAGCGAAAUUGGAAUGAAAAUGGCCCUGGAAUCUGUCACCGUGGACGGUGAAUUCGGGGACUCGGUGGUGGACGCGAACACGGUCGCCAGACGAUCUCCCUACAAGGCAUCGUCGUGCGAGCAGUUCAGAGCCGUGCUAUGGCGGUCGUGGAUAUCAGUGAUCAAGGAACCGAUGCUGAUAAAAGUCCGCUUGCUACAAACGAUCAUGGUGGCGGUGCUGAUCGGGGUCAUUUAUUACGGACAGAAGCUGGAUCAGAACGGUGUGAUGAACAUAAACGGAGCUCUCUUCAUUUUCAUCACAAACAUGACGUUCCAGAACGUGUUCGCGGUGAUUUAUGUAUUUUCUAUGGAAUUGCCGAUAUUCCUGCGAGAGCAUCGUAACGGAAUGUACAGAACCGACGUCUACUUCAUCUGCAAGACAUUAGCGGAGGCGCCAGUCUUCAUCGCAAUUCCGUUCAUCUACACCGCGAUCGUCUAUCCGAUGAUCGGAAUGUACCCUGGACCGGAGCACUUUUUUAUAACGGCUGGAAUAGUCACGCUAGUUGCCAACGUGGCGACCUCAUUCGGGUAUCUCAUCUCCUGCGUGAGCUCAAGCGUAUCGAUGGCUUCAGCGAUAGCGCCGCCGUUGAUAAUUCCUUUCCUGUUAUUCGGAGGAUUCUUUCUAAACAAAGCGUCCGUCCCGUUUUACUUCGUCUGGUUCUCGUAUCUGUCCUGGUUCCGUUACGGAAACGAAGCCUUGCUCGUGAACCAGUGGAGCGAAGUCGACUACAUCAGCUGCACCCGGAGCAACGAAACCUGCCCGAAAAACGGCCGCGUCGUUCUCCAGACCUUGAACUUCAGUGAGGACAACUUUUUGAUGGACAUCGUUUGUCUGUUGGCCCUGAUCGUUGUCUUCAGGUUGUUCGCCUUAUUUGCCAUCCUCUUCAGGGCUUAUAUGGUCCUCACCUCGAGGGGCUUUUUGGCCCCCAGAAACGAGGAUGCAACCCAGUGUGAAAAAGGCGUUACCAUAUCCUGGCGCGAUUUAUCAGUCUACGCAACCACCAAGGACAACAGGAUUUGCAAACAGCUGAUAAACAACGUGCGUGGCGCCGUAAAGUCGGGAACACUCGUUGCGAUAAUGGGAGGAAGCGGUGCUGGAAAGAGUUCACUGAUGACAGCCCUCGCAUAUCGCUCCCCGCCCGGCGUCAUCGUCCAUGGCGACAUAUUGGUGCAGGGACAUCCUGUCCGUCCGUCCUACAUGCGGCUUCAUACCGGAUUCAUGCAUCAGGAAGAUCUUUUCGUUGGUUCGAUGACGGUGAUGGAGCAUCUGAUGUUCAUGGCCAGGAUGAAGCUGGACCGGAGAACGGAACUUCGGCAGAUCAGGAUUAGGAUAAAUCGUCUCCUUCAGGAAAUCGGACUGGCCCAUAGGUCUGGGACCCAGAUUGAGACCAGCGGUGAGAAGGUUCUCUCUGGCGGUGAGAAAAAGCGACUCGCAUUUGCCACCGAACUGAUAUCCGAUCCGAAGAUCCUUUUUCUUGACGAACCGACGACAGGACUCGACGCCCAUUCGGCCGGAGUUUUGAUCGCUCAUCUGAAAGCCGUCGCUUCUCAAGGUCGCACCGUACUCUGUACGAUCCAUCAACCGAGCUCGUCGAUAUUCAACGCCUUUCAGCAGAUCAUCCUGAUCGCCGAGGGUAGAAUCGCGUUUAUCGGCACCGGCGUGCAGGCGGUCCAGUUUUUCGCCAGCGAAGGUCACCACUGUCCUCCCGCCUACAACCCGGCCGAUUUCCUUAUAGCAACCCUUGCUACAGCACCGCGGGACGAAGACGCCAGCAGGCGAAACGCUCAGAGAAUAUGCGACGCCUUUCUUGUCAGCGACGCCAGUAAGGAGAACGACCUGAUCACACAGCUGGAGCUUCACAUUUCAAAUUCUUACAACGUGAGGAAAUUCCUUAACGUCUUAACGAAACUAAGCUUUACGUUGAGGUUGUCAUCCAACUUUAUUUUUCUUUAUUCGUUUCAGUGGACGGGAGAAACUGAAGAGACUUACAAAUUCAAGGAGCCUUGGUGGUGGACGAAACUUUACUUGUUGAUCAAUCGCGGUACGAUUCAAGUGAUCAGGGAUCCAAAUGUCCAACUUCUACGCAUCCUCUUGAAACUGUGUCUCGCCAUCCUGGUGUCCCUUUGCUUCUUCGGAGCGAUAAAGUUGGAUCAGCUCGGUAUCCAGGCGGUUCAAGGAGUUCUAUUCAUCUUGGUAACCGAGAAUACGUUUUUACCGAUGUACGCCACCCUGGCGACUCUUCCGCAGGAGAUGCCGCUGUUCCUGAGAGAGCAUCGGGCUGGACUUUACACGCCGCAUUUGUACUACUUGGCGAGGGUUAUUUCAUUGAUUCCCGGUCUGAUCAUCGAGCCAAUUAUAUUCGUGAUGAUCGUCUACUGGGUCGUUGGACUCAGAAAUAGCAUCGAGGCCUUCGCUCUGAGCGUGAUCGUCGUCAUCUUCACCAUGAACGUUUCCACCGCGUGCGGCUGCUUCUUCGCCGCUGCUUUUGACUCCGUGCCCCUCGCAAUGGCGUAUUUGGUCCCCUUCGACUACAUACUGAUGGUAACCAUGGGCCCCUUCAUCAAGCUCGGGUAUACUAAGCACGGAGAUUUACUUUGGCGCAUGCCUAGAUGUACUUACCAGCCUAGAGUGGACGAGUGGGUGGCAUCUUACUGUUUAUACGAAACACAUUCCUUAACUAGAUCUAAUCUUUUCAGUACCCUGCCGGCUUACGUGCAGUGGGUAAAAUACAUCUCGUGGCUUCUUCAUUCCACCGAGGCGUUAACCAUCGUUCAGUGGGACGGAGUGCACAACAUUUCUUGUGAAGUUGAAGAUCCGGAACUACCCUGCAUGACGGAUGGGUCGGAGGUUUUGGACAGGUACGAUUUUGACGCUGAUAAUUACUGGACAGACAUUUCUUUCAUGGCUGUAUCGUACGUGGUGUUUCAUUGCAUGGGAUACGCUUGUCUCUGGAAUCGAGCUAGAUACAAAUAAAGAUUUACUCUUAUCGAUCUUUGGAUUCAGCAGCUUCGAACAAUCGACGACAUAAUUCGCUAACCGUGUACAAGACAACAACAACAAUAAUAAUAAUAAUACGAAGAAAAACACGUAUUUUUUCACUCGUUGUCAGCAGUUAAAUUAUUGUAUCGAGUAUUAUCGGAAUAAAAUGUAGUGUUUUUA